GCUGCCCUCCUGCCCCGCCCCCUCUCCCCGCCCCGCGGAGACGCCAUGGGGGCCCGGCCCGGGCUGGCGGUGCGGGCGGCGCACACGGGGUUGAGCGCGGGGCUGGCGCUCGGGCUGCUCCGGCUCCAGAGAGACCUGCAAGAACAAGAGGAGGAGCAUGGAGAGCUACUGCAGCCGCUGAUCUUCGUCCUGCUGGUUUUGUGCUCUGUCCUGCUGUACUUUAAGGUGUCCCUCAUGGAUCCGGGAUUUGUUAAGGAUGACGAGGAAGUGAAGGCAGGCAAGAGUGAAGAACAAAGCAUGGUGAUACCCCAAGUUCCAAGUGGCAUCCAGAUGCGGCGUUGCGGUUACUGCAUGGUGAAGCAACCGAUGCGAGCCAGGCAUUGCCAGCUGUGCCAGCACUGCGUGCGGCGUUACGAUCACCACUGUCCCUGGAUCGAGAACUGCGUAGGAGAGAAGAAUCACCCCCUCUUCAUUGUCUACCUGAGCGUGCAGCUUGUCGUUCUGCUGUGGGGAGGUCACGUUGCUUGGUCAGGCCUCCACUUUGAACAGUCCUGGGACUGGCUGCAGCACAACGCUCUCCUCCUCGGGUCUUUCCUCCUCAUAGUCAUAUUCACCAUUGUUGUCCUCCUGCUGCUCAUUUCCCACCUCUAUCUGAUUUCAUGCAACACCACCACCUGGGAAUUCAUGUCCCACCAUCGCAUCUCCUACCUACGACAAUCUGAGCUGGAGAAUCCCUUUGACCAGGGGGUGCUGCUCAAUCUCUGGAGAUUCUUCUGUUCAUGCCGCCUCACUGCAUGGGAGAAAAUAUACUUUCACAGGAACAGCGAGCCUGUCUAGGUGCAAUUGUGCCUGCCUGGUGGAGGCCACACAGCUGUGGGUUGCUGGGUAAAGCUUUGCUGAUGCAAUUGUUGCCAUUUCCUUGCACAAAACAUCAGUACGUGCAACUAUGCAACCUGUUCCACAACCUGUAAAUUAUAGAUCAAGGAUAGUCAGGGUUAUUUUUUAAAUGGGAGUAACACUGAUAAAGGGGAGACACUGAUUCCGGGAAGGCCAGCAGGGCCGAUUUGGGGACUGAGCAAAGGUAUCUCUCUAAAUUUGCUUGGUUACCUGCAUCCACAUCUCUCCAGAAGAGAUGCCAGAGUAGCGUGAGGGCCCAUGUUCCCUUCUCUUCCCCAAAGUUUCUCUUUCCUUUUGCUGUAAGAGAACAGCAGCUAAUACAGACAGAUCCAGCCAGGAUCAAUAUUCCUGUGAGACCUAUGGUGCCUUUUGUCAAUAGUGUUGGCCAUGUAAUAGAAAUAUUUGAGUACAUAUUUGGACAGUCAAAAGCAAAUUUCAUUUUGAUGACCAUGUGCCUAAACUUCAUGGUUUUCACAAGGAUUUGAGGCUUAAUAGCAUUAAUGUGCAUGAGAAACAGCUGUAAGGCACCAAAUUCAGCUUAGGAGAUAAUUAGCCAGUGCUUUGCGAUGCCCUGACCAGCUUCCUAACAGCUUUUCCUUCAAGCUGAUGGUGCUGUUAACAAUUCAGACUUUUUUGAAUGAAGUCAGCAAAGAAUGAUGCCAUCCCCUUUACUGUGAACAGCAAAGUAAUGCUUACCUACUGAAUUAUUCCUGCAGGUGACUUCAUGGUCAGGCCUCUCCUAUCACUUGUGGGGAGAGAACCAGUAGCAGAGGUGGGUGCUCCUUCCUCGGCUCAAGUAACAGUGGCAGUACUACCUCAAUGUACCUGCACCCUUGUAAUAAGAGGACAAAGUUUCAGUGCAAAAGGAAAGAUUCUAGGUCCUGUUUGUUCCAUAGAGAUGAGUUUAAAUUAUUUUGUGCCUUAACUGCGUUGGCUCAGGAAUUAAUAUCAGCUCAAGAGUGCAUCUGGCCAGCUGGUAGGAUGCACUUAGGCUUUACAGUUGAUGUGUCCUCAUGAAAGGGCAGAGCAGUCACUAAUACUGCCCAGACGUCCAAAAGCUGUUUAAUUGACCAACUCAGAUCUGUAAUCUAUGUCCAGUCUGCUUUGUUCAGGACAGAAACUCCUAUCAAAGGGAUAUCGGAACACUAAGGAUUGUUUUCAUACCAAAGCCACAGCACCCAGAAAGGAUUCCGCAGUCUGUCUGUGUCAGUGUAGUGCCUGCUGUCGCGGGGUUCCUCUGCCACUUCACAAUUUCUGGUUUUUUCAUCUAUCGGUCAAACAUGUUUGUUAGCUGGUACCACAGCUCAAAACACACAGUUUUGCUCUGUUUGGUAACUCUUUUCUAAAUGCAGCAGGAUGGCAAUUCACAGUCUUUUUACUUUACUAUGAAUUAAAUUAUUAAAUAAUA